AUGGGGAGGAUGACCCGGCCUCAUACUAUAUGCGGUUCAACAUUGCAAAUGGACGUCUACCAAGUCCCCAGCCUCACGCGUUGCAGGAUCUUCGCUGCCUCGCUUCGAGGGCACGCCGAACUGUGGUUCUCUAAGCUAGAUCCAGGGAUAAUAAGCUCUUGGGAAUCAAUGGGAGACCUAUUUAUCAGGCAGUUUCAGUCUUCCAUGACCUACGCACCUCCUGUGGCCACUUUAGCCAACAUCAAACAGGGGAGCGGGGAAACCCUCCAUGAUUACUUCAAGAGAUUCAUCGCUGAGGUCCCUUACGUGAGAGAGGCCACUGAUGAAGCUGUAAAGAAUUUCCUGAUCACUGGGCUGAGGAGAUGCUCGGACUUUUGGAAAGAUAUUCAGGCUCAUGAGCCCGCCACUCUCCAGGAUUUCUAUCGGUAG